GGUGAUGAUUGUGCAGUCGGCAUAAUAUUCGAGUCAAGAGCAAUGAAUUCUUCUCUUGGCUUGCACGUAGCUGCCCAUAACUAUUCUUAUGUGUUCGAAUUCGAAAAGAAUUGGGAUGAACCAUGGUUUUUGGAGUAUUUAAAGGAACGAUGGACAGACAGUUUUAUAUAUGCUGCAGUAUAUGUUGUGAUCAUUUUCAGUGUUCAGCAUUUUAUGAAGAGCCGGCGAGAGUACGAUUUACGACAAGUAUUAGCGGUAUGGAGUGGGAUACUUGCUUUAUUUAGUAUUUCCGGUUCUCUUAGAACACUUCCAGAGCUCGUAUCUUCUAUUAAUAAUUACAGUUUUCAAUAUUCAGUGUGUGUGCCAAGUUAUAUUCUUCAGGGCGUACCACGUGUUUGGGUCUUCCUGUUCACUAUAUCGAAAGUUUACGAGUUAGGAGAUACGAUAUUUAUAGUGUUAAGAAAGAAACCUCUAGUAUUCCUACAUUGGUAUCAUCAUGUAACCGUUUUGAUAUAUUCCUGGUACACGUAUACAGACCACACCGCGGCUGGCCGCUGGUUUAUUGGUAUGAACUAUGUAGUCCAUUCUGUUAUGUAUACAUACUAUGCUUUAAAAGCUAUGCAAAUCCACGUGCCGAAACAGAUCAAUUUAGUCAUCACCGGUAUGCAGUUAUCCCAAAUGGUUAUGGGGUGUGUUAUAAAUUUAAUGGUAUAUAUAUACAAACAAAGAGGAGACUUUUGUCAACAAACAUACACGAACUUAGCAUUUUCAACAUUAAUGUAUUUCAGUUAUUUUGUAUUAUUUGCCCGAUUCUUCCAUAAAACAUACAUAGUACCAAAAUCUAGAAAAUCCAAACAACACUAAGUUAUUUCAUGUGCAAGUUUAAAACAUUUUUUUGUUCUUGUGGACUUUUGUGAGUGAGUGCUCUGUGGACCAUUUAGAAUUUGUCACUUUAUUAAUUUUGAUGGUUUAUAGUCUUUGAUAGUGCUAGUUUUAGUCUUUUAUUGAGAUUUUCAAUGAAUGUGUAUAAAUGAUAUGUUCUGUCAAAUUUGUUCCUAAUAAAGCUUAGUUUGCCUUGG